AUGGAAAGUGCCAAGGAAAAGCUGAGCUUUGCGUUUGACAAUUCACAGCUGAUAAAAAUUAUUAAAACGUUCACCGAUGAAGAGGAUGUACAAGAAUUAGGGAAUAGCAUCGUAUCUAAGAUUAUGGAUGGGAAUGAAGUUGAAUGUGUACAAAAUUACCUGUUCGAAAAGUUGGGCGAGCUGGACAUUGAAGUCGAAUACGAAGACUGCAGUAGUUUAGUUUCUAUUAUGAAGGAGAUUUAUAGAGAGGAUGAAGCAGGAGGAUGCGUAUUUUAUGAGAGCAUUAAAAGUAGCAUAAGAAAUUAAACACUCUG